UGGCUCUGAGUGCAACAAGUGCUCACAAAAUCUAGUUCUCCUGACGAGCUAACAACUUGAAAACAAAUAACAAACAUGAAAUCAAAUACUGUUGUCUUGUUUCUGCCUCUGAUCGUGGCUGCUGUGAAAGCUGACGACCACCACUGCGAAAAGGAUGGAGUCAUUUAUCCUGUGGGGGCACGCAUUCAAAACUCAGAGUGGAGUGGAUGCGAGGGCGAUGACAAUCGAAUUGCCGUUACCGGCUUUGACAUUUGCAGUGGCGUCAAUUCCUCCCCAACUUGGCGUGGCGACGACGAUCGCCUCGAAUGCGCGGAUGAUGAGCACUGCGUCGUCACGAUGGAUGGUGAAGAAGGACGACAAGCACAAUGCCUGCCCGUGCCAAGAACCUGCGACAGGGAUGGUGUGACCUACAACAUAGGUGAUCGCAUUAGAGCUCAACAAGAGGAUCACUGUGCGGGCUACUAUGCGGCAGUGACAGCGUAUGAAGUUUGCACCGAUCUUGGAAACAACAAUGUAGAUUGGAGAGCUGACGACGACCUAGCAUCGUGUGGUAUCGGUAAGGUCUGCAACCAAGAGUCAGCCUCAUGUGUUGGUGUCCAAUGUGAGGACAAUGGCAUUAUUUACAAUUACGAUGAUAGAGUUGAUCUUCCUGCAUACUGUGAUGGAGACAUUGUUGCUGCCACCUACAAACAAUGUGAAGAAGUGAACGGUGUCGGGUCUUUUGAGAUUUACGAAGACCUUGGACAGACAUCGAACUGUGGCCAUAGUGGUGAGCAGUGUGUGGAGUAAGGAGGGGCGGCAGUUUGUGAGUUUGUACCACCGCCAACAUGUGAAAUGGAUGGCUCGGUGUACAACGUGGGUGACCGCAUAAGGGCCCCAGCAGAAGAUUUCUGCAAUGAUGGAUAUUCUGCGGUUAUUGUACAUCAAGUCUGUUACAACUUUGGAAACAAAGAUGCAGAUUGGGACUUUCAACAAGAAGAUGUUUUCUGUCGCGGGGGGACACUGUGCAAUGAGGACACCGCACAGUGUGAA